AGGUCCUCUCAGCUUGAGCACUUCAUUUCAACAUGGCGGCGAACAGCGGUAGCGGCACGGGGAGUAAAAGCAGUGGAGGGAAGCAGUCUGGCCCCUCUGCCGAGCAGGUUGUGGCAACGUUCCAGAGGAUGCGGCAGGAGCAGCGAAGCAUGGCCUCAAAGGCUGCUGAACUGGAGAUGGACAUAAAUGAACACAGCCUGGUCAUCGACACGCUGAAGGAAGUUGAUCCCUCUCGGAAGUGCUAUCGUUUAGUCGGAGGCGUUUUGGUUGAGAGGACUGUAAAAGAAGUGCUGCCUGCGCUGGAAAACAAUAAAGAACAGAUAUCAAAGAUAGUUGCGUCACUCAGCACACAAAUGCAGACGAAAGGGCGGGAGCUGACAGAGUACCGUGAACGUUAUAACAUCCGCCUGGUGGGCGAAGACGACAAACAGGGCAAAGGCAACGUGUCUCAGGCCAAAGAAAGUGAAGAAGGAGGUUCUAAAAGUGGAGCUGGAGUUCUGGUUUCUUAGUUGCUUUAGGAGUCAAUAUAAACAUAUAAGUAAUAGUGUAGGGUUUAAGAGGUUGAAUAUUGUGAAAAACACAAUUUUACCUGUGAAUUUUGUAUAUUCAUAAUAUUGAGACGGUCUCUAAUCUCUUUAAAGUUACAAGCUAGGGUAAAGAACAGCACAGCUGAUGGGGAAUAUUCUUACAGUAGAGACAGUAAUGUUACAGUUAAGGGUUUAUUUUGAGUGCAAUCAUGAUCUUUAAUCCAUAUUUUCUUUUCUCUUUCUCAAGCAUUGUUUAGGCGAAUGUAAAUUACAGAACAUACACAGCCCACUGUGCCACAAAUCACUGCAUCCUGAGCAACUGUUUUUGCCUUUUUCCAUUGUAAUGAAUGUUGUAUGCUUUGAAACAGACCUACUGUACAUCUGUUAGACACUUCAUAUGUUAGGUGAAUUAAAGGCUUAGGCCCUUUUACUUAGCUACUUAAUGUCAUGAGGCUACACUAUAGAAUGUCACUGUCUAUAUCUGUGAUUAUUCACAUGGAUCUGAAUGAUGCCCCAGGAUUUUGAUCCUUAGAGUACAUUAUUCAAUUAACAAAUGCACCCCAAACCCCUUGAGUUUGAAAUUAGAGCACAGCCCUACCUGACAACUUAUUAAAACUGUACUUGUUUUGAAGAAGGUUGUUUUUUUUAUGUUUGUCUUGUUUGUUUUGGUUAAUGGAUUAAAAUGCAAACUUAAACAUUU